AUGAGUUCCCUCAAACUACAAAAGAGGCUUGCAGCCUCUGUUAUGCGAUGUGGUAAAAAGAAAGUAUGGUUGGAUCCAAAUGAGAUCAAUGAAAUCGCCAACACCAAUUCCCGUCAGAACAUCCGUAAGAUGAUAAAGGAUGGUCUGGUCAUCAAGAAACCCGUAGCAGUCCACUCACGCGCUCGUGUCCGCAAGAAUACUGAGGCUCGCAGAAAAGGUCGUCAUUGUGGGUUUGGUAAAAGAAGAGGUACAGCCAAUGCUCGUAUGCCACAGAAGGAACUUUGGGUUCAAAGACAAAGGGUACUCCGUAAAUUAUUGCUUAAAUACAGAACAGCAAAAAAGAUUGAUAGGCAUCUGUACCAUGCUCUGUACAUGAAGGCGAAGGGUAAUGUGUUCAAGAACAAGCGUGUACUUAUGGAGUACAUCCACAGGAAGAAGGCUGAGAAGGCUAGGAGUAAAAUGUUAAGUGACCAGGCUGAAGCCCGUCGUAACAAGGUAAAGGAAGCGCGUAAGCGACGUGAAGAACGUAUCGCUGCAAAGAAAGAAGAGCUUUUGCAGACCUUUGCCAGGGAGGACGAAGCCGCAGUUACAGCUAAGAAGUGA